AUGUCGGAUUCCGAUGAAAUCCGAAGCGGAUCCGAUCGUUUUCGAUCGAAUCUACAGAAUUCUAAUAUAACGACAUCAUUUCCAUCUGAUAUAUUAGAUGAAACUUCAUCAACAUAUCCAUCUGAUGAUACUGUAAAUAAUAUCAAUUCAUCACAAACAUUAAAUUCAUUAUCACCAACAUCAGAUAAUAUUCUUUCUAAUGAUUUAACAAAUCAACAAUCAGAAUAUUGGUAUAAUGAACGACAUAAACAAAUAGAACAAAAACAACAAAUAAUAAAAAUUGAAGAAAAUAAUUUACGUACAUUUGGAUUAGAAAAAAGUACUAAAACAUCAUGUGAUUGGUCAAAAGUUAUAAAUUUACUUGAUUUUACUGAUGAAAAACAAUAUUCAAAAUCAAAACAAGAUUUAACACGUAUGAAAUCAUGUAUUUUUAAUGCAAAACGUAUAAGUGAUAGUAAAAAAUUAGAAAACGGUAUUUAA